UCGUUUGAGUGUUUAUUUGGCCUGACUGGCCGUAGAAACAUUGUGGUUUCUUCUUUCGUGUGUGUUUUUUCGGCACACGGAAGCUUGCCUUUGCCAGCAGGGUGCGGCGAUUACUCGCGAGGAGUUGCCCUCCCGAAAAAGAGAUGGCAGAUGCUGGCGAGGACAAAAUCGUGCCCGUUGACCCGGUGCCCUCUCAACCCAGUUCCCCCAGUAAACCUGGUAUAGCCCAGAUAGCCUACGAGAAUGGUGCUCUGAGGCAGGACACAGCUUCUAGCACUCAGGAUUCGGUGGACGAUUUAGAGCCUGAGAAGCCGGACCCUGUAGUAGUGGACGAAGCACCACUCGUGCAGGAGGAGAAGAAGGAUGAAGUCGAAGAGCCCCAGAAGCAGCCGUUGGAUACUAUUGCUCCACCAUGUGGAGAUGCCCUGAAAAUCCCUUCCAGCCCAAACCCCAGUCAUGGGUCAACCACGUCGAGUAAGCGUUCAGUCUCUGACCUGUCCGACGAGGAACCCAAGUCGGGAGGAGGCGACGGAGAUGCAGAUGGAGAUGAAGCCGCUCCACUGGUCGAUCAGGAGGAGGGCAAGCCCGAGCUUGUGUCCACGUCACGCCUCUUUCAGUACGCGGACAAGUUUGAUCGCAUCAUGAUCUUCUUGGGUUGCUUCUUCGGCGCCGCUCACGGUGUCUUCUUGCCGGCGAUGAUGUUGACCUUCGGCGACACGAUCUCGCUGCUUUCCAACACGGCACCGCCGUUCGUGCCCAACGGGACCAAUGUCACCAAUGCCACCAAUAAUGCCACUGCGGUCAACCCUCUCGAUGGCCUGGUUGAGAAGAUGGGCGACCUGGCUAUCAUCUACUGUGCACUGGCGGCCGGUGUCCUCGCUGUCACCUAUAUACAGAUUGUUGCUUGGGCAACGGUUGGCGAGAGGCUUACGAGACGCAUUCGCAAGAACUUUUUCGCCUCCAUUCUCAACCAAGACCUGAGCUGGUUCGACACGCACAAGACUGGAGAGCUGUCUUCUCGAAUGUCUGACGAUCUGGUGAAGGUGUAUGGCGGUAUUGGCGACAAGAACGGCCUCUUCUUCCAGUGGAUCGCCACUCACGUCGCCGGUCUCAUCAUCGGCUUUGUGAAAGGCUGGAAGCUGACGCUGGUGGUUCUGUUUGGCGGCGGACCUUUCCUGGUGGCAUCGGGCAUCUUUGUUUCUAAGCUUGUCUCCUCGAUCGGCACACAAGAGCAAGACGCGUACGCCAAGGCGGGUGCAGUUGCCGGCGAAGUGUUGUCAUCCGUGCGAACGGUUGUCGCAUUCGGCGGUGAGAACCAGGAAGCUGAGAGAUACGAGAUGGAGCUGGAAGGAGCACGUAAGUUUGGCGUGCGCAAGGGAUUCGUCACUGGUUUUGGCUUUUCCGUUGUGUACCUGAUGAUGUUUGCUACCUACGGGCUGGCUUUCUACACCGGCACACGAUUUGUAUGGAACGGCGACAUGGAGCCAGGCGACAUGGUGACGACUUUCUUCAACGUCGUCAUCGCUUGCUUUGCUCUGGGUCACGCUGCUCCCAGCAUGCAGGCUAAUGCCGAAGCACGUGGUGCUGCAGUUGCUGUCUACAACAUCAUUGACAGUGUCCCGACCAUCAACACCUCAUCCGACCGCGGCCAGAAGCCAGAGACGCUGGAGGGCGACUUUCGCUUUGAGGACGUCCACUUCACGUACCCGUCGCGAAAAGACGUUAAGAUUCUGGACGGAUUGAACAUGGAGAUCAAGAAAGGACAGACCACUGCUCUCGUCGGUCCCAGCGGCUGUGGCAAGAGCACAUGCAUUCAGCUUGUUCAGCGCUUCUACGAUGUCGAGGACGGGAGUGUGUCACUGGACGGUACUGAUGUACGUGAUCUCAAUGUUCAAUGGCUGCGCAGUCACAUUGGAGUCGUCGGCCAGGAGCCCAUUCUGUUCGCCACCACUAUCGCCGAGAACAUUGCCUACGGCAGCUUGACGGAGGUGACUCGUGAUGACGUCAUCGCUGCUUCCAAGCAAGCCAAUGCCCACAACUUCAUCUCUGCCCUGCCCGAUGGCUAUGAGACACUGGUCGGCGAGCGCGGAGCUCAGAUGUCCGGCGGCCAGAAGCAGCGCAUUGCCAUCGCGCGCGCUCUGAUCCGCAACCCCAAGAUCCUACUGUUGGACGAGGCCACCAGCGCUCUGGACACGGAGAGUGAACGCAUCGUACAGUCAUCUCUUGAGGCGGCUAGCAAGGGCCGCACGACCAUCGUCAUUGCUCAUCGCCUGACGACCGUGCGUAACGCAGAUCAGAUCAUUGCACUGAAGGACGGUGUGGUCGAGGAGGUCGGCAAUCACAACCAACUGAUGGAGAAGAAGGGAUUGUACCACGCACUAGUCAGCAUGCAGGGUGCUGUUGGUGGCGGUGAAGAGGAAUCUGUCAAGCAAGAUGAAGCCCAGUCGAAAGAAAAGGUUACCAAGAAGACAUCUGAUAGCGCGGGCAAGAGGAAGAAGUCGGUUUCCAAUGUCAGUGGUAAGGACGAGGAAAAAGAUGAGGAAGAAGAAGAUCUUCCACCAGUUGACACCAAGCGCAUUCUGAUGUACAACAAGCCGGAGUUCCCGACGAUGGCCCUGGGCGCCUUCUCCGCUCUCGGCUUCGGCACCGUAUUCCCGCUGUUCGGUAUCAUCUUUGCCGAGGUCCUGAGUGUGUUCACGCUUCUAAGUAAUCCCGCGAACAAAGACGAGUACUUCCGCCGUGCCGGCCUGUGGGCCGGAAUGUUCUGCGUCCUUGGCUUGGGCUCUUUCAUAGUGUUGCUCUGUCAGUUCUACUUCUUUGGCCGAUCCGGUGCUGCUCUGACGAAGCGCAUGCGUAGCGUUGCGUUCCGCGCCAUCCUCAGACAGAACGUUGCCUUCUUUGACGAGAAGUCGAACAGCACAGGAGCCUUGACCACCCGUUUGGCCGCCGAUGCUGCUCUUAUCCAGGGUGCAACGGGACAGAAAAUCGGAAACAUCUUCCAGCUCAUCUCCACACUGGUUACGGCGCUGGCGAUUAGCUUCUCCGCUUCCUGGCACAUGACUCUGCUGAUCAUGGCAGUCAUCCCGCUGGUUGCCGCCGCAGGUGCAGCCAACACCAAGGCACUGGCCGGACACGGCUCGACGAACAAGGUCGAGUACUUGGAGGCAGGAAAGACCGCCGUCGAGGUGAUUGACAACGUUCGCACCGUUGUGUCGCUCGGUCUGGAGUCUCGCUCCGUCGAGCGCUACAUGGCCAUCCUGGAACCUGUGUACCGCGGGCACAAGCGCGCCAGGCAUUUCCAGGCGCUGGCCACCGGUAUGAGCGAGGCCACGUUCUUCUUCGUCUACGCCAUCUGCUUCGCGUUCGGCGCCUUCCUCAUCGAGCAGGGACUGGCGACGUUCACCGAUGUCUUCACUGUCUUUGGAUCCAUGGUGUUUGGGGCCUUCUCCCUGGGCCAGUCUGCCGCAUUCGCACCGGAGCUCUCCAAGGCAGGCGGUGCUGCAGCGCGUAUCUUCAGGCUGCUGGACACUGUGCCGGAGAUCGAUUCCGGCUCCGACGAGGGCGAGCGCAUGGACGUGGUAUCCGGCAAUAUCGAGCUGAAGGACAUCAAGUUCCGCUACCCGACUCGACCCGACGUUCAGAUUCUCGACGGCACGACCAUUACAGCGCAAGCUGGUCAGACCAUUGCACUGGUCGGUCAGUCCGGCUGCGGAAAGAGUACCAGUGUCUCGUUGCUGGAGAGAUUCUACGACCCCGAAGGCGGCGUAGUUUCGGUGGAUGAGCGUGACAUCAAGACGCUGAACCUGGCCUGGUGGCGCAGUCAGAUUGGCAUUGUGCAGCAGGAGCCGGUCUUGUUCGACUCCAGCAUCGGCGAUAACAUUGCCUACGGCGCUCUGGACCGCAUGGUGACCAUCGAAGAGAUCCACUCCGUCGCCAAGAAGUCCAACAUCCACGACUUCAUCAUGAGCUUGCCGAGUGGAUAUGACACCAACGUGGGAGCCAAGGGAACACAGCUCUCCGGUGGUCAGAAGCAGCGUAUCGCCAUUGCCCGGGCUCUGAUCCGCAACCCCAAGAUCCUUCUGCUGGACGAGGCCACCAGCGCUCUGGACACGGAGAGCGAACGGGUCGUGCAACAGGCGUUGGAUGUGGCUCGUCAGGGCCGCACCAGCGUGGUGAUUGCCCACCGCCUCUCCACCAUCCACAACGCCGACAAGAUCAUCGUCCUCGGCGGUGGCCAGGUCCUGGAGCAGGGCACGCACUCCGAGCUGAUGGCCCUGAAGGGUGCCUACUGUAAGCUCAACAAUGCCCAGGCCAGCAACCAGGGUGCCACGCUUGCCUAGACCUGACGUAAACACACGUGUUACACACACCUCCUGGUCAGGCACAGAGCACUGUUAGCAGACUGAAUUUCUCUAAUAUCUAGUUUCUUCCUUGACUAAGUGCAUUGAGUAUGGCAUCAUAGGGUAGCUAUUGUCGUCGUCUGAUUGUCAAUGACAUCAUCAUCUGAUCAUCAGUGCCGUCAUCAAUAUCAUCAGGGCUCAGUGUUGCUUUGAUUUCUCCUGUACGCACUCUUGUGAUCGUGCGUCAAGCCGCUUCCACGGCAAUGCUCUCGCAGCUGCAGCAUGCCAGGUACGACACGCUGCUGGCUAACCGCACGCCACCUUCUGCCCUGCUGUGCUGCUACGGCCGUCGCAGCCGGGACCUGCAUUACGUCUUCCAUUGCUUCUCGCUCUCAAAAUGACUGGUAGCUGUGCGAACAGUGAUCUACAGAAUGUUAUCUCUGCACCCGGGGAGUAGAUAUUUUACUACUCCCUGCUCCGCACUGUCUGGUCUUUACCUGUCGCUGCAUGCAUGCAAAACACACAGUGAAGUUGACCUAAGCCUAGCAGUCGACUGGCUCUGUGUGCAGGUGAUGAUGUGCAGCUACAGUGACACUUGCUGCUAAAUAUGAUUCGACGAACUGCGCCGGGAUGCCCUGGUCGAUGUGCUGCUCCUCUCGCGCAACUCUUUGUGAAACUUUUCUUGACCCUUCACGUGAUCAUUCUCUUUUUUUGAAUAUUAUAAUUUUAUUGUAGAUAAUGUAAUCUAGGCUAACCAAAAGGCCCUGGCUGCUUCCUUGCCAGUGGUGCAUCUAUACCACACGGAACAACAGUGUCUGUGCGCAGCGGGGAGUUUCACCUGCAAGCACAACACUGCCGGGCACUCACACAAUAGUCAAGAGCAUGUCAGUACAGUCAUUGUUGUUCCUCUUGUGUGAACUUCUCUCCUUCUUUUCUCCUUCUCUUUCUACUCCUUCACUAGAUUAUUGAAGUUUUUCUCUUAUACUUGAAUGCGUUGUAGACUUGCAGAUAUUCAUGCGCUUGAACAGUUUAGUCUUUAGAUUGCAUAACGCACUGAAUAUCGAUAGUGCAACCUCCGUAUGCUCUGAUUAGAAGUGGUACA